AACUAUUCAAUUCACGCUUCCUUCCUUCCUUCUUCUCCUUAUAAGCUAAAAAGGAAAAAGGUUCACAGACUUCCCCUGUUUACGCAGCCUCCUUCUCCUUCCAUAACUAAACCAUCCCAAUUCCCAUGUCUCGUUUUCCCCUCCUCUUCCUAACCCUAUUCCUCUCCAUCCUCCUCCUCGCGGCCGCACACGGCGGCGGCCACGACGACGACGAUGACGCCGACGCUUCCUCCGAUUCGGUCGACCUCCGUUCCAAACCCUUGAUCCUAGCCAAAGUCGGGUGCUUGAUAGUGAUCUUCUUCGCAACCCUAAUCGCCGGCGUCUCCCCUUACUUCCUCAAAUGGAACGAAGGGUUCCUCUUACUCGGAACCCAAUUCGCCGGCGGUGUGUUCCUGGGUACCGCUCUGAUGCACUUCUUGAGCGACGCCAAUGAGACCUUUCGGGAACUGACCACCAAAGAGUACCCUUUCGCUUUCAUGUUGGCCACCGCCGGGUAUCUGAUCACCAUGCUCGCCGACUGCGUUAUCUCCUAUGUUUAUUCCAAGGACGGAACCAGCUCCCCCGCCGCCGCCCGUGAUUUGGAAGGAACCGGCUCGCAAGCAAAGGGAAGCCACGCGUCGCACUUACCGGGGCAAAAUGGGGCAGAAAAUUCUGCCGGCGGCGACUCUGCUUCCCUGGGAACAGCGCGAUCCUUCGGCGACAGCAUUCUGCUGAUAGUGGCGCUCUGCUUCCACUCCGUGUUCGAAGGAAUCGCAAUCGGAGUGGCGGAAACGCAGAGCGACGCCUGGAAAGCUCUGUGGACGAUUUCCCUCCACAAGAUCUUCGCCGCAGUGGCAAUGGGGAUUGCUCUGCUUCGUAUGAUUCCCGAUCGGCCCUUCUUGUCCUGCCUGGCGUAUGCAUUCGCGUUCGCCAUCUCGAGCCCGGUCGGCGUCGCGAUCGGGAUCGUGAUCGACGCCACGACGCAAGGGGAAGUGGCCGACUGGAUCUUCGCCAUCUCCAUGGGGCUGGCCUGCGGUGUGUUCAUCUAUGUGUCGAUUAAUCACCUGCUUUCCAAAGGGUACACCCCGCUGCGGGAAGUGGCCGUCGACAGGCCGGGUUUCAAGGUCUUGGCCGUGGCGUUUGGUGUGGCUGUGAUUGCCGUCGUCAUGAUCUGGGAUACCUGAGGGCGCCGGAGAGAAUCGUAAUUGUCUGUUUUCGAGAGAUUUUUCAUAGUUGUUGUUUGGAGGACAGUGAAGUACAAAAUAUAUGUAGCGCAGUUUGGCAUUUUCAAAGUGAUUUCUUGUUGGGUUUUGGGUGAAUGGGGUUGGGUUUGGAUAAAUACUCAAUGUGACUCUGAUCGGUUGCGGUUUGUAGUUUCUAACCGCAACCAAACCAAGGAGAAAUCGUAAAGCGUUCAGAAACGAAAGUCCGAGCGUGACACGGACACCAAUAUACUCUCAAAUUGUAGUUCGACAAAAUUGCAAAUGCUGUGCAAUUUUGUUGAACAGCGCCAAGUACAUAUUUUGUUGAGUACGUAC